AUGCCGCCGCCGCAGACUCGGAUGGCUGCCCCAUCUGGAGAGCAGAUUUACAGAGAGGUGCAGGAUUAUUAUGGUAAAGAGUUGCAGAAAUCAGAGGAUCUGCAAACCAAUGCCUGCGUCACCUUGGCCAGGCCUUUGCCCACGUUCAUAAAGGAAGCUCUGAAGUGUGUCCACGAUGAUGUUGUGUCAAGGUACUAUGGCUGCGGCCUGGUGAUCCCAGAGUGCCUGGAGACCUGUUGGAUAUUGGAUCUGGGGAGUGGGAGUGGCAGGGAUUGCUAUAUGCUGAGUAAACUAGUUGGGGAGAAAGGGCAUGUCACUGGAAUAGACAUGACCGACGCCCAGGUAGAAGUGGCAAAGAAGCACGUUGACUAUCACAUGAAGAAAUUUGGCUACCAGGUGCCUAACGUGGACUUCAUCCAUGGCUACAUGGAAAAGCUGGGAGAUGCUGGCCUUAAAGACGAGAGUUAUGAUAUAGUUAUCUCAAACGGCGUGAUUAACCUCUCGCCUGAUAAGAGAGCAGUCCUGCAGGAGGCCUAUCGAGUGCUAAAGGCUGGCGGAGAGAUGUAUUUCAGCGAUGUCUAUGCCAGCUGUGACCUGCCUGAGGACAUCAGGAAACACAGGGUCCUCUGGGGCGAGUGCCUGGGAGGAGCCCUGUGGUGGAAGGACCUCUACAGACUUGCUGAGGAAGUUGGAUUCUGCCCACCGCGCUUGGUGACCGCAAGCCGAAUAACCAUCAAUAACAAAGAACUGGAGAGCGUCGUCGGUGACUGUCAGUUUGUCUCUGCGACUUUCCGUCUCUUCAAAGUACCCAAGAAAGGUCCGGCCGAGCGGUGCCAGGUUAUUUACAACGGCGGGAUCACUGGGCAUGAGAAAGAGCUGGAGUUUGAUGCCAAUUUCACAUUCAAGGAAGGGGACGUCGUGGAAGUGGAUGCAGAAACUGCAGCCAUUUUACGGAGCUCCAGGUUUGCCGAGGAGUUCCUGAUCCGACUGGCUGCAGGGAGGGCGCUGGCACCUGGGGGCUGUUGUCCUGCAAAAGCAAAGGAAAAGAUCGUUGAUCCAUUCCAGUUAGUGGAGCGGCUGGAAGCAAAGGACCUUGCUCCCAAGCCAGCGGGCUGCUGUGGCCCCAAAGAGUGCUGCUGAAAAGCGGAGCCAGCAGAGCAGAGGCUGAAGAAUCAGAGCUGGUUUUGUUACUCAUCGCUGAACAGCAAUUAAAAAUUAAUAACGUAGGUAACGCAGCUGAGCACUUCCCGGCUUCGCAGCGCUGUGCAGGUACUGCGGAAUGAGAUGAAAUAAACCCCAGCUGUCCCCCAGGCUCCAGCCCUGGUGCACGGCUGCAAUCAGAAGAUAGCGGGUUCAUUUGUACGCGCCAUGUUAAUUGUUCAGAGCAAACCUAGCUCUGUUCAAGCCACGAGGAAGAUCUAAUGGGACCUAGUUAACUGCAGGGGCACGAAACUGACCAGUGCUUUGUCUAACUCAGACUGGGCUCUGAUGAGGCUGGAUCCCAGGGAUCAAAAUUAUUUACUGAGGCCAUUUGAGACCAGCCAACCCCUUGUAAGGCCCAGGGCAGAGCCUGACGGAAUAUGCUCUUCCCAGGCUGCAGUGUGUCCCUGGAGCCGUUCCCUGCCUCGAGGCUUACACUGUCCCCUCUCCUUGCCUUGCCCAUGUGGGAAGUGCAACUCCAGCCCCACUCUGCCCCUAAAGCCUCCCGGUGCACUGGGGAAGCAGGCAGCCCCCACGGUGCUCUGCAUGCACCCCUUUGCACAGCAUUCCUCCUUCCCACAGUGGAACUUCCUGGCUCUGUGGCCUUCAGCCUCUUCCCUGAGUAAGCACUCUUAGGCUGCGUGCUGAGGGCACCCAGCUGCUCUUUGUGGCCUGGGAUGCGGUGACUGGUUACAUAUCUGGCCAUUCAAAUGGAACCGCUCCCUUUGGUAGGGCGGCCCUGACUUGGGGGCUAGAUGCGCCAAGCACUGCAGGGAGCCUCUUUCAUCUGCUGCUAGCUCGGAGCAGGGAGGGUCAAAUCAGGCCCCAGCCACGUGUAAGAAGGUGUAACGUGCUCAGUGGCAGCGUCCGGCAGCCAGUAGAUCUCACGCUGCAUCCAGGGCAAAUCGCAGGCAGACGCCUGGCAGGAUGGAGGAGAGGAGGACGAGAGGCGCCUGGGGUCCGGGUGGAGGGGAGAGGAGGCUGAGAGAGAUCAGUUGUGAAUAAUAGCAAGGAAUCGCUUUCCCGGUGCCGUGGGCCCAACACCUACCACAGCUAGUCUAGGGGCAAAUCCCAUCUCCCUGCUCACCAGCAUCUCCAGAGGAAGGCUCUACCUUAGGAGGGGCUGAGCGCCCUCCCUUGGUGGAGUGAGUGGGAAUUGAGAGCCCUCGGCCUCUCGUGGGGGGUGCUUGGUAAGCAGGGCUGUGCCCCCCCCACACACACACACAGCUGGUAGGAGAACACCCUUCCUUUCCCGAGGAGGGUUGGGGUUACAAAUGGUGAAUCCCCCUGACGGCAGGAGUUGCUGUUACACUCCGCACCUUCUAGCUUCAGCCUCAUGUCUGAGCACCUCCUGCCUCCCCGCUUCCCAACAGCUGAAUGGGUCUUUUGGCCCAAACCCUGCAGGUCUUUCUGUAGGUGUUGCGGGGAGAGGAGCAUUGUAACCGGACUGUGGGCUUCCGGAACCACCUGGAGAACUUUAGAGCUUGGAUCUGAAGUCUCAGGGACUGGCGGGGUGCGGCUGGUUAGACUCUUGGAAAAAAAAAUCAGGAUCUGGGGCUAAUUAGCUCCUUCGGUUCCCUUCUGUGGACAGUAAACCAUUGCAGCGUUGAAAGGGACUGCUGCUGGGAUGCAAGUAAACCCCGCUCCAUAUUGAUCAUGGCAACUGAAGGGGAACUGGACCUGCCCAUUUUAUACUGCUUCGAAAUAGUCGGGCUUGUGCAAGACUCGUAAGGAUCAAAACUUGACAGCUGCAUUUGUAAAUACAGCUAACCUUGCAGUGGUAUAUGUGACAGGAAGAGGACUGAGAACUGCGCAAAGGCUGACACCUGGUGGCCACAAGGUGGCAUGGCACGUGUUGCUUAUCUUUCUCCCAAUUUCACACAGUAAAAUCAUAUUUUUCCUUUAAAAUUCUCCUGAAGCCUCUGCCUGUUUUUUGGGCUUCAGAAGCCAGAAUUUGCAUUAACGGAGACAGAGGUCUUCAGCAACAGAUAUUUAACCCCUCUUUGCCUCUGUUUCCCCAUCUGUAAAACGAGGACGAUAAUGCUUAGCAUGCAAAGGGCUGUGACCAUUAAGAAGUUAUUGUCUAUAAAGCGUGCAGACAUCCUCACACAGAAGGUGUUUUUGCAGAUCUGUGUGAGGAGUGCACAGCCAGCUGCAGUCUCAGAGUGGGGCGGUUUAAUUUAAUGUUGGUGCCUGUUGUAAGCCCAGAAAAAUAUGCUUUUCAUCAUGGCCAUAUGCAGCGUGGAGAUUGCACCGACUGCAGUAGGCGUAGCCAAUGCCAGCAGCUUGGCAGUAUUACCACCAGGUACGGGAUGCUUUUCCUCCCAAGCUGCUUUGCAAACGCCAUGCAUCAGAAGCUCAUGAAUUCACUCGGGCCAGGGUGAAGUACUGACCGUUGCACAGCGGAGAACACAACAGGACUUUGCAGCCAGCACAGGUCAGGUCAGAAUCAGAGUACAACAUGGUGACACUGUGUGGCAUUCCUAAUUCCACUCUCAACAAGGGACCAUGUAGUGGAGCUUGAAGGAUGAGAAGACUGGAAGGUACAAGAGGGGUGUGGAAAUGGAUACAAAUUUUAUUUAACCGGGAGAGUUCAGAUUAAAUGAACCAAGUGUCGUAAGUAACGUACCUUAAAAAGAAUGGGGCCAAAUCCUGAGCUGAGCAUUGACUUCCGUGGGAGUUUUGGGUGCUCUCAGCUCUCAGAAUUUAGGUCAUAAAGUGCUGCUAGUAGUAAACUUCAUUGAGAAGACCCUGCUAUUAAAUCUUUGCAGACACUUGGGAAGAGGCAUCUUUUGUGAGUGUGUCUUACAGAAUAUGGAGAUCAGUGAGGUUCUACCGUAUGUACAUCACCACUGAAAAGCAGCCACCUCUGGGGUGGAGACAGACAGCUACUGGUGCCCAGCAAUAGAGGGAGAGGGAACACUUUGGCCAAAGACACUGGGCAAGCCCCUUACUUGGAAAGAAUCCUACAAUCUUCAAUGUCCAUGCAGAAUUAGCCUUUUACAAUCUCAUACAAAGAACCCCACCCAGUCAAUUUACCUUGGAAGACCGGGCUCAGCCAACCCUGCAUCGAUUCAACUCCAUGGCUGUGGGAGAGUCUAGGUUCUGUGGAGCUAGGGGACGAGAGCUCAGGAAGCAUGGCUGAACUUUGUGACUUUGUCCUCACCCACAACUAUUUCACAUUUGGGGACAAUGUAUACCUUCAAGUUAGUGGCACUGCUGUGGGUACCCGCAUGACCCACAGUAUGCCAACAUUUUUAUGGCUGACUUAGAACAACGCUUCCUCAGCUCUCAUCCCCUCACGCCCCUACUCUACUUGCGCUACAUUGAUGACAUCGUCAUCAUCUUGACCCAGGAAAAGAAGCACUUGAGGAAUUCCACCAUGAUUUCAACAAUUUCCAUCCCACCAUCAACCUCAGCCUGGACCAGUCUA